ACCGCUCCAGUAAUGAUACAGUAUUGGCGUAAGUUCGUUGAAGAAGGAAUUCUUGCGGAACAACUAGUUCGUCAUUUGUGGAGAAAUGAGCUUACUGCCAGUCCUGAUGAGAAUGACGUCAUCUUUGUAGACUUCAUUGAAAUUAUGAAGACAUUUGGACUUCUCUUUGAAAAGGGAUCUCAGAAAGGCAGUAGAAUGUUCAUCGUUCCUUCUAGGAUGAGCCUUAAAACAGGCAACUUGAAUGUUGGGAAAGACGACGAGCAGACAGUAUCGGUUUAUGUGACCCCCAAAGACUUUCUCCCUGACGCUGUGUACAACCUCUUGGUAGUUAAAUUCCUAGAUCUCAGUCAGGACAAAGCGUGUAGUGGAAACCCAGAAUUGUUUCAGAAUCAGGCUGAAAUAGAUUUUGACGAUAUGCAUUACUUGAGACUCGGAUUUGUGUGCAUUAACAACAAACGGUCACUGAAGUUGGAAAUAAAACGGAGAACAGAGAUAGAUGAAGAAGGUAAAAGAAAUCCAGCAUCAAAGCCAACACCUAUCGCCUGCAUGGAGAUCUUACAUGUUCUUAAGCGUCAUCUUUAUGACUUCUAUCCUUCUGAAGAUGGCGUCAGUUCAACCUUAAGCAUUCUGUGUCCAGUUUGCUCAGUAAUUGGUUUGAUCCAGGGAAAUGCAUCUGGUGGCCAUCUAGAGGUGCCAAUAUCACAAAAAAUAGUAGAUCCUUUACCUGUGAAAGUAACACCCCCUCCCCCAUUGCCCCCCUCAUUCCGCCACUAA